CGCUCCUCCACUCCGGGUACCCGGGAAGCCGCCGUAGCUCAUGGAGGGCUGGGCUAGGAGCUCGCUAUGGGGGGCAAGGCGGCUGUGGGCUCCCCACGCCCACAUGACGCGAAGCCGGGUGGUCUGUGGGCGCCCCUUGAAUCUCUGGGCGUCACCUGAUAAUCGCAGAAGUCAACUUCAUCAAAUAUUUCAAGAAACCUUUUCUAUUAAAGUUCAGUUAAGCGAUGGUGAACUUGUAAAUUUGACUAAAGUGAGAAACAAAAUAAAAUUUACAGGUCAACCAUACAGCACUUGGCAAACAGUAGAUCCAGAAGAACUUAGAAGAUUCCAACGGCUGGCACACAAGUGGUGGAAUGAGGAUGGAGAAUAUGCAGCCUUGCAUUCUAUGAAUGAUAUUAGAGUUCCUUUUAUUAGAGAUACUAUAUUGAAUCUGAAAAAUGAGCAUGAGCUAGGAAGCCCACUCUUUAACAUGAAGAUCCUAGACGUUGGCUGUGGUGGUGGACUACUUUCUGAGCCCCUUGCUAGACUGGGAGCUUCAGUUACUGGAAUUGAUCCUUUGGAAGACAGCAUCCGGACAGCAGAACUGCAUAAAUCAUAUGAUCCAGCCCUUACCGAAAGGAUUCAGUACAGAGCCUGUGCACUGGAGGAUAUUGUGGAAGAGGGAUCAGAAAAAUUUGACAUAGUUGUUGCCUCUGAAGUAGUAGAACAUGUGGCUGACGUUGAAAAGAUCAUCGAAUGCUUUGGAAAAGUAUUAAAACCCGAAGGUUCCCUCUUUAUUACCACAAUAAACAAAACUCAACUGUCCUAUAUUCUUGGCAUUAUCGUUGCUGAAAAGUUACUGGGUAUUGUUCCGGAUGGCACUCAUGACUGGGAGAAAUUCAUAUCACCUGAAGAGUUAGAGCGUCUUCUGGAAUCAAAUGGUUUUUCAGUUAAGAUGGUGAAAGGCAUGUUAUACAACCCCCUUUUUGGAUCCUGGAGUUGGACUGAAAACACUAGCAUUAACUAUGCACUCCAUGCAAUUAAAUCAAGCACGCAAGAACAACUGGAUCUGAAGGAAGCCUCCACAGAGCAUCAACAAGCAGAAGCUAACAUCAGAACUGCUAGCUAAGACAAAGUCCAUAGUUGCUACAGAAGCACAGAAGAAGAUGUGAUAAAUAGCUAUAAUAAAGGGGCAAUCAACCUUGUUUUCAAAGUGUUGGCUAAAGGAUUUGCUGCCAUCUCAGCAUACAUGGUAGAGGAAUUAUUGUUCAUAGUAUCAGAUAUUUGUGGAUAAACAUUCUGUGCAACAUGCUGGAAGUCUGAAACAAUUGUCAGAAUGACUGCUCUUAAGACUUUAGAAUUAUUGGCUUUUAUUGACAUUUGUAAAAUCAUUACUCAAAUUCAA